AUGUCCUUGAACGACUUUAUUGCGCCUCCGGCACCACCAGGUGGUUCCUGGGCCGAUGACGACGUAGCUGAUGAGCUACCAACCGCCCCAGCAGCACGCGACGAGUUCGGUGGCAGGCUAGACGGCGCCAGUGAGGGUGCUUUCGGCAACGACGCUUCCCGUCCACCCGUUCCCCUCCCUUCUGCCCCUCCAUACACCGCCUUCCUCGGCAACCUCAACCACAGCAUCGUCGACGAGGAAAUCGCCGCCUUCUUCGCCGAGCUCGCCCUGACUAGUGUGCGGGUAGUGAGGGAUAUCUCCGACCGUCCGAAAGGCUUUGGCUAUGCUGAGUUCGCCACCCUCGACGACCUCAAAGGUGCACUUGCAAAAACCGGGCAGAGUCUGGCAGCGAGGCCUGUGCGCGUGACCGUCGCUGAGCCACCUAAGAAGGGUGGUUUCGGUGGGUCCUUCGCUGAUGACAAGGAUGCCUGGAGAUCCGCUCGCCCCAUGACUGCCGCUGAACCUACCAACACCCAGCCGGACGACAACGUCAACUGGAGAGGCACCGCUAAGCCAGUCGCGCCGCCUCGUUCGGAGCGCGGCUUCGGUUUCGGUGGUAGUGCUGGUGGAGCUGGCGCAGAGGAGAAGGAGUGGUCGCGUGGCGCUAACUUUAGAGCGGGUGCCGCCCCUCCACAGCAAAGCGAAGAACCUGAAGUUUGGAGAUCUGCCAAGGCUCCCGCUUCGGCUUCCUCACAGUCUCAAGCUCCUGGCCAGCGCAGGAAACUGCAGCUCGCUCCGAGAGGUACCACCCAGACGGCUCAUACCGGCUCAAACCCCUCUUCAAUCUUUGGUGGCGCUAAGCCGGUAGAUACCGCAACGAGAGAGCAGAGUCUCCUUGAGCGCAAGGGCGCUCCUGCCGCACCUACUGGUAAACCAGCCGCCGUUGCGCAGCCAGAAAGAAAAACAGCGAGGAAACACGAUAGCAAUUUCAGCUUCGCUAAGGCUGGACUGGAUGUACAGGAUGGUGAGGAGGAGUAG